GGCCCGCCCCCGCCACCGGUUUACCGCUUCCUCUUUCCCCUUUCCCACUCCCCCUACUGUUUAUUCUCUACCAUUUCUUUUUUAUUUUUUCAUUUUCUUUCAUCUGUCAUUUCCAUUUCCAUUGUGUUCUUCAAAGAACCUUCCUUCUUCAUUUGCUCUCUCUUUAUAUUUGCACUCAGUAUUCCCCUUAUAAUUUUAUUGAAAAAAAACCCCACUCUAGCUGCUAGAGUGAAAUUUAAAGUUUUAGGGUUUGUGUCUGUGCCGUCGACUUUUACUGCCGUGGGUUGCUGAUUCUCAUCCCUAGAAUUUGAGUAGUAGUCCUGUGCAGUAGUAGUACUGAUGGAUCAACAGGCGAACCUUUUGCCUGACUUGAUCAGUAAUUACAAGUUUGAUGAUGAGAUUGUAUUACCAAGUUAUGACGAAUCUCCUACUCUUCUAAAUGGUGGUUUGAAAUUCAGAGACUACCCUUUAGAGCUCAAUUUGCUGGAUUCCACCUUUUCACCCGAUCCUGGCCCUGGCCUUGGUCUUGGCCCUGCUAACAACCUUCCCAUUUCCUCUAGUAAUAGCUCUGAGGUGGAAUCGCCUGAUGACGGUGACUCAGAUCCUGUGCUCAGAUAUCUUAACCAGAUUCUCUUGGAAGAGAAUAUGGAAGAGAAACCUAGCAUGUUUCAUGAUCCUCUUGCAUUACAAGCUGCUGAGAAAUCGUUUUAUGAUGCCUUGGGCCAAAAUUACCCUCUGCCAGCAGCAUACCAGCAUGAUCAUAAUGCUGGGAGCCCGGAUAGCCUGUUUGGAGUUUCCAGUGAGUAUAGUACAAACAGCAGUACUACUGUUAGUAGUUCUAUCGAUCCCGGGGAGCAUAUAUCGCCAUCUGGUGGGCAGAGUUACUCCUCUGAUUCUUUCCAGUCAGCAUCUCAAAUAAAUCCAACAAAUAUGUUGUUUAGUUCUCCGAGGAGCUUUGGUAGUAGUUUGAAUAAUGGCCGGCAGAUGGACUCAUUUGGGUUUAGUAAUAUGAUUCCGAAUAUUUUUAGUGAUAGUGAGUCCAUCUUGCAGUUCCAGAAGGGGAUGGAGGAAGCUCGUAAAUUUCUACCAACUGGGAAUCCACUGUCUUUUGAUUUAGAUAAGUAUGCGUUACCCCCCAAGUCUUCUGAUGAUUUCUCCAGGCUGGAUUCUCAGGUCAAGAUAGAAAGGGGUGAAAAUGAAGAGUCUUCUUCUAUUGGUGGCUCCAAGGGAAAAAAACAUCUACACCGGCAGGAAAGUGAUUUAGGGGAGCAGAGGAUCAGCAAGCAAUCGGCAGUCUAUGUUGAAGAGGCUGAACUAUCUGAAAUGUUUGAUAAGGUGCUGCUUUGCAAAGGGGAGGGAGCUUGCGAGGAUAUGGACAGUAUGGGGCAGCAGGGGAAUUUAAAUUUGAAUGGAGCGAGUAAUGGAAAAGCAGCUCGUACUAGGAAUCAGGGGAGCAAUCAAACUGAAGCAGUGGAUUUGAGGACGCUGUUGAUCAGCUGUGCUCAAUCAGUUGCUGCUGAUGAUCGAAGGACGGCCACUGAACAAUUAAAGCAGAUCAGACAGCACUCAUCUUCCACUGGUGAUGCAUACCAGAGGUUGGCCAGGCUAUUUGCAAAUGGGCUCGAGGCGCGCAUGGCUGGUACUGGAACUGAAGUUUAUGCAAGUUUAGCAUCGAAGAGGAUCUCUGCUGCUGAGAAGUUGAAAGCAUACCAGGUUUACCUUUCAGCCUGUCCAUUCAAAAAGAUAGCAAUCUUCUUCACCAAUAAAAUGAUCCAGAUGAAAGCCUCAAAUGCGAAAACGCUGCACAUUGUAGAUUUCGGUAUUAAUUAUGGUUUCCAGUGGCCGAUGUUGAUUCAGCAGCUUUCAAGCAGAGCUGGUGGGCCCCCGAAGCUUCGCAUUACCGGAAUCGAGCGCCCUCAACCUGGAUUUAGGCCGUCCGAGAGAGUGGAAGAGACAGGGCGUCGUUUGGCUAGGUACUGUGAGAGAUUCAGUGUGCCGUUUGAAUAUAACGCUAUAGCAUUGCAGAACUGGGAGACCCUUACGGUUGAGGACCUGAAUUUAGUAGAAGGUGAGUAUCUUGCUGUUAGUUGUCUGUUUCAGUUCAACGACCUUCUUGAUGAGACGGUCAUAGUUGAUAGUCCCAGGGAUGCAGUAUUAAGGUUAAUCAGGAAGAUGAACCCUGACAUCUUUGUGAACUCGGCAAGUAAUGGAGCGUAUAGUGCUCCAUUUUUUGUAACUCGGUUCCGGGAGGCCCUGUUUCACUACUCUUCGUUAUUUGAUAUAUUUGAAGCGACCUUACCUCGUGAUUGUCCUGAAAGAUUGAAUUUUGAGCAAGAGUUUUAUGGACGCGAGGCUAUAAAUGUCAUUGCUUGUGAGGGCCCAGAGAGGGUUGUCAGGCCGGAGACAUACAAACAAUGGCAUGUUCGCCAUACAAGGGCUGGUUUUAAGCCCCUUCCUUUGGACCCGGAGGUUAUGAAGAAGUUGAGGGCCAAGACAAAGGCUGGUUAUCACAAAGAUUUUGUCUUUGACGAAGAUGGUAACUGGAUGUUGCAAGGAUGGAAAGGCCGGAUUAUAUAUGCUAGUUCCUGCUGGAUACCUGCCUAGGAUUCUUAAUUAUAACUUCCGUGUGCCGUCGGGCUGCUGAUACUGGGGGCAGCCUCUGGAAUCUUGAACAAAGGUGGUUGUGUUUCUACAGUUCUUAAAAUAUCUCUUCUAUCUUGGCGCGACUUGCAAGGAUGCGCAUCCUAGCACUGGCGCGCGUGCUGCACCAUGUGACACCAUGUUUAUAUGCCAGCCAACUCAUAUGUACAAAGUAUACAAUGAUAUUGUGCUCUACUUGUCCAUUGUAGCCAUCAUCUCUGCAUGAAGUCCCCUCACGAGAUGCUAUGCAUUUCAUGUGCCGUGGGUUGAAGUGGUAUGAGUUUCUUGAUGUUCAUGCCAUCUGCAGCUUCCUGCAGUAACUGCUUCCUUGUUAGGAGUUUAGUUUAAUUAUGAUUUGGAGGGAUGACUAUCGAGACAGAUGAACAUGCAGUUUUGGGUAAACUUCAGACCUACCUACAAAGUAGUUUCAGUCAUUACUAGUGUAGUGUUUUUCGGUUGCACCUUCUUGUCUUUGAAAGCUUCUCUUAGGGCGGUCUGUCGCGUAGGUAUCCAUGUAGAAAUUGAUGGUUCGAUAAUGUAGACUGUAAGUAGGGUAUGCUAGUUUCAGCAAUGAAUGAUUAUCGGAUGAUGGACUUUAAAUUUGGCAAAACGAUGUAUUAUGUAUAUUAUGUCCUAGUUUUGUGUUGUGUUGGCUUAAGCUAUGUGCUCACCUUAUGAAGCAGUGAUCAUCAUCCAGAUGAACUUCAUCAUUAAAGUGUGUGUUCUCUUACCAUACACAGUAGUUAGUGUUGAUUAAUGAACAAUUUCAAUGAUUAUGUCCAUGACUCGAAACUCGCUAGAGUGAUGAAGUGAUAACAAACUACUCUAAUACAGUGAAGUGUGAAUUAAGAGAAG